UCGGGCAUGUGAUCAAACGGCUGAAAAUCGAGGUGCAAUGGACCGGCGCCGUAUUGUAGCAUUGCACCGACAUUGAAACCGGGGGGAGCGCCGUGGAAAUAACAAUAAACAAGGGGUGGGUUGCGCAAUUAGUAAUUCAUCUUUAUCGCUCCGUCAGCCCCUAAACCUCAACGUAAUCGGUUUCUCUACGUUUAUUCGUUUUCUUACUUUUUCUUCACCCCGUGGGUUUUCUGAAUCUUUGAUAAUAUUCUGAUUCUCCGAUUCGAAUUCGCUUCUUUUGGGGAGGUUUUUUGGAGUUUUGAGUUGCUUCGAUCUUCUGUUGGCUUAAGAGCGAAUUGAGCGAUUACGUUCGAAGAAGUAUGGGUUCGGAACAGAACGAUGGCACAAGCUACCAGCCAACGGAGCCGAAGCUCUGCGCGAACAACUGCGGUUUCUUUGGUUCAGCGGGAACGGAGAAUCUCUGCUCGAAGUGCUACAGAGACUCGCGUAUAAAAGAAGAGCAGGCGGCUUCGGCCAAAGUAGCCAUGGAGAAAUCCCUUCAGUCCAAAAUAUUGAAGCCGUCCGAAGGCAAUUCUUCAGUCGUCGUCGCCGAUUCUCUACUCGAUUUAGCAUCACCGUCGUCCUCCUCCGGAAUAUCUCUCGGCAGUUCCAACAAAUCGCCGUCGCCGGAGAUUCCAAAUCGGUGCUUGAGCUGCAAUAAGAAGGUGGGAUUGAUGGGGUUCAAGUGCAAGUGCGGGCGGACCUUCUGUGGAACUCACCGGUACCCGGAGAAGCACGAUUGUGGUUACGACUUCAAAAGUAUUGGUCGGGAGGAGAUCGCCAUGGCCAACCCCGUAGUGAAGGCCGACAAGGUCGAAAGGUUCUGAGUAGGAAUUCAGCGUCGAAUUGGUAAAAAAUUUAAUGGGUUUGCUCUUCUUCGUCUUCUUGGUUCUUCUUUUGUCCCUGUUUAUUUGGUUGGGUUUAUUUGAAGGGAUUGGGUAGCUCUUUGUUUGGUUUGCUGGAAAGUUUAGCGACUUUGGUUUCCACAAUAAUGGAGUUUGAUCCCUUUCGAUUCUGGUUUCCUUUUCGUUUCGAGUAACGUUUACUCCAGUCUGUGUAAAGAAUUAGACACUGUUUUUAUUAACUUGAUCGUAGAUGAACAAGCAUUCUUCACCAUUCUUCUUUGA